AAAUCCCACAACUUUAGAGAGAGAAAGCGGAGGAGGAAGGCGACGACUCCUCUCGUGCUGAGCGGACAGAGAGAGGGAGGGAGCGCGGCCAUGUGGAAGCCAUGGGCGCGCGCGGCGUGACGACACCUGCUUGCCUUCUCGGCCCUCCCCACCGCCCCAUGCCCGUGCCCGCGCCCAUGACCCCGCCGCCGCAAUGCGCCUCAAAACCCCAUCUUUGACCCGGCGGGCUCCGUGAGGACCCCUGAUCCGGGCCCAGCCAUGGCGGAGGCGGCGCCGCCCAAGCUGCUCUACAUUGCCGUCGCCGACGGCGGCGGCCGGCGGGCCUUCCGGUACACGCGCCCCGUCCUGCAGAGCACCCUCCAGCUCAUGGGCUGCAAGGCUCGCCACGCCUUCAAGAUUAGCAAGAGAGUGUUCAGUGUGAUGAGGAAUGAAUUCUUGGAUGUGUCGAGAUCGGAUAGGGCUAUUAAAGAUGAAAAUGCCCCUAGCCUAGGCAUUGGGGAAGAUGCUGAGAUGCUUAACACAGAAAUUCCAGACGCAAGUAGCAGCAGCUUGCCCUUCGAAUUGUACAAGACGCAGACAACGAUUCUUGUUUCAAGAGAGAGGUUUCUGAAUAUCGUGUGUGACGCACUCUCUUCUUACAAGUAUGUUGGACCAAACCAGAAGGCUGACUUUCUUCUUGCUUGCAGAAUUAAGGAGAAAAAGGAAUCGGUGACAGUACUCUUGUGUGGGACAAGCGGAUGCGGCAAGUCCACCCUAUCGUCUCUGUUGGGUAGUAGAUUGGGCAUGACGACAGUGGUUUCUACUGAUUCUAUACGCCAUAUGAUGAGAAGCUUUGCAGAUGAAAAGCAAAAUCCUCUUCUCUAUGCGUCAACCUACCAUGCAGGAGAAUACUUGGACCCUGUUGCAGUUGCUCAGUCAAAGGCUAAGCGCCAGGCAAAGAAGCUCGCAAUGGUUUCUAAUCCUAACACAAAUGAAGGCCAAGAUGACACUCCAGAUGUUAAAUCUCGUCACGGCUCCUCAGUAUUACCUCCUAGGACCGAGCUGAUUGGCAGCAAACAAAUGGCAAUAGAAGGGUUCAAGGCGCAAAGCGAGAUGGUCAUCGACAGCCUGGACAGAUUAAUUACAUCCUGGGAAGAGCAGAAGCAAUCUGUUAUUGUUGAAGGAGUUCAUUUGAGCCUCAAUUUUGUGAUGGGGCUAAUGAAGAAACAUCCUUCCAUAAUACCAUUUAUGGUAUACAUUGCAAAUGAGGAGAAGCACAUGGAACGGUUUGCUGUGCGCGCAAAGUACAUGACACUGGACCCAGCAAAGAACAGAUAUAUCAAGUACAUCCGGAACAUCAGGGCUAUUCAGGAAUACCUUUGCAACCGAGCAGACAAGCAUCUUGUGCCCAAAAUUAACAACACUAAUGUUGACCAGAGCGUGGCAGCGAUACACGCCACAGUUUUCAGCUGUCUUCGCCGGCGAGAAGUUGGGGAGCAGCUGUAUGACCUCAACACAAACACUGUUCCUGUAGUGGAUGAGGAAUACAGGAACCAGCGUGCAGCUAACUCCUUGGGUUCCAAGGGCAUGUUCCAGUUCAUUCAAAGGAAGGGGUCUUCGAGGAAUCUGAUGGCUCUCCUUAACCCUGAUGGUUCGGUGACUAAGGCUUGGCAUGUAGAUUCAGGUGAUGGCAAUGCUAAUGGCAGUACAGGCAGUGGUGGAUCAGUAGGAAAUCGUAUGGUUAACCCAUCACAAAUUGGGAAGGCAGAGUCAGUUAAUCUCCAGUUUGGUUCUUUUGGGAUUAGCGCGUGGCUGAGUGACACAGGCGGUGGCACCAGCCAUGCUGGAAGUGUAGAUGACCUGAGGGCUGAUGGGAUCGAGACAAGCGGUAGAUACUUCUCCUCAUGCUGCAGCUCACCAAAAACGUCAGACUGCGCCUCCAAAGAGCAUAUGGAGGAUUAUUCAGUCUAUGGUAGUGAAGAGGAUGCUGACGACCCACCUGAUGCUGAAACUGAUGAGGAUCUAACUGAUGAAGAAAGGGAUGCUCAUGAGAUUGAAGCGGGCUCCGUCGACGAGCACUCCACCAAGUCUGACGAGGAGUACGACGACCUAGCCAUGCAGGACGUGAUGGGGAACGGCAACUGCUCCGACGACGACGAGCAAGCUGCAGGGUACGGCACCAGGGGCUCACAGCCCAUGGAGGAGAGCAUCCUUGGAGCAGAUGGCGCCGUGGUGGAGGGCAGGUACCACCACAACCUGGACCUCUUCACGAUGUCCAAGGACGUCGCCGCCACAAAGAUGCCGUGCGCGUGACACGGCCUAACCCGACCAACCCCUGGGGGAAGAAAGACACCACUGCCACGGUUCACUGUCAGCCUUCAGCCGCGGUGCUCUUGGGCACAUUCUCCGGUGGUGCUUAGGAGUCUGCACCGGUUACUGUACCCAUAUGAGCUUAUGUUGGUGGUUGUGACUGUUAGAGGAUCUCAUGCUUGGCUAUAUAUAGGAAUCCUGGUUUGUCGAAACUCGAAUAAUGAAAAGUUGAAAUUGCAUUCUGAAUUUGCGCAAGAA